GGCCAUGGCCUGGGCGCCGAGCGUGGCGGGCUGGCUGGGCGGCUUCCUCCUGGUGCCAGUUCUAGGAAUGAUUCCUCCUCCUAAGAAUGUCAGAAUGAAUUCAGUUAAUUUCAAGAACAUUCUACAGUGGGAGGUACCUGCUUUCCCCCAAAAGAACCUGACUUUCACAGCUCAAUAUGAAAGUUACCGGUAUUUCCAAGAUCGCUGCAAGAACACUGCCUCUACUCAGUGCGACUUCUCACUUCUUUCUAAAUAUGGAGACCACACCGUGAGGGUCAGGGCUGAGUUUGCAGAUGAAUAUUCGGAGUGGGUAAACAUCACCUUCUGCCCCGUGGAUGACACCAUUAUUGGACCUCCUGAGAUGCAGAUAGAAUCCCUUGCUGAUUCUUUACACAUGCGUUUCUCAGCCCCACAAAUUGAGAAUGAGCCUGAGACAUGGACCAUGAAGAAUAUUUUUAACUCAUGGGCUUACAAGAUACAAUACUGGAAAAAUGGAACUAAUGAGAAGCUUCAAGUCACUUCUCAGUAUGACUCAGAGGUUCUCAGAGAUCUGGAGCCGUGGACAACCUACUGCAUUCAAGUUCAAGGGUUUCUUCUCCAUCAGAACAGAGCAGGAGAGUGGAGUGAACCCGUCUGUGAACGGACAACCAGUGAUGCAGAAACAACCCCUUCCUGGAUUGUGGCUGUCAUCCUCAUAGUCUCCGUCUUGGUAGUCUUCCUCUUCCUCCUGGGCUGCUUUGCCAUGCUGUGGUUCAUUUAUAAGAAGACCAAGUACACCUUCUGUUCUGGGACGUCUCUUCCACAGCACCUGAAGGAGUUUCUGGGCCACCCCCACCACAGCACUUUUCUGCUGUUCUCCUUCCCGCUCCCAGAGGAGACAGAAGUCUUCGACAAGCUAAGCAUCAUCACGGAAGAGUCUAAAGGCAGCAAGCAGAGUCCUGGAGACAGCUGUGCCUCAGAACCUCCGCCUGAGCCAGGACCUCAGGAGCUGGAGUCCAAGGAUGAAACCCCCUCCCUUCCAGAUGAUGAGCCCGUACUGCUCACACCUACCUCAGAAGCGUGACCACAGGACCACUGGGGAAAACUCCAAACCUAGGACUUUCUGAUGCAGGGCUGGUACACACAACCAAAGAGCUAGAUUGUAAAGACUCCAUUUGGGAAUUUGCUGCUUUCUAAAGAUUAAUAAUUUAGGGCCCAAGGAUGCAGCUCAGUGACUAAAGCUCUUAGGAUACAUGAAGUCCUAGCUUCCAUCCCCAACACCAUAUAAACCAGGGAUGGGCGUGCCUGUCUAUAAGCCCAACACUUAGGUGGUAGAAGCAGGAGGAUCAAGGUCAUCUUGAACUAUACAGGGAGUACAGAGACCAUGUCUGAGAGAGAGAGGGAGAGAGAGAGAGAGAGAGAGAGAGAGAGAGAGAGAGAGAGAGAGAGACUGAGACUUUAAUAAUUAUUUUUUAUGACCACUGAAUGUAAUUUGAGCCCUUUGUGCUCAGUAAAGCAAGGACCACAUUUAAGUUGUGACAAACAAAGAUAUUUUAAAUAGGGGAAAAAAAGUGGAGACUCUAUAAAAUUGUAAGAAUGCCUAUAGACCACCCCUAUCUCAAAAGUGGUCAAUCCCGUCGUGCAGGACAGAAACUGAUGUUUUGGAUUCCCAAGGAGCAAAGACAUUUCCUUCCUUACCCAUGUGUUUUGUAUGAUAUUAGUGUUCUGUAAAUAUUCUAUAUUUGUAUAUUUGUGUUAGUCAACUUCCUACUGUUGUAACAAAAUUCCCGGCAUAAACAAUUUAAAAGGAAGAAAGGA